UGUUCUCACCCCGCAACCCCACUUCUCCUUUACUCAUAGCAGUCCGGUCAUACGUACGGUCGACCGGUCUAUAAAUAAUGGCACAUCCUUGGCCGAGGAGAAACAAAACUGAAACCCAUUUCUGGAGAGCAAAAAGCCCAUUUCGAUUCUUCCUUUUUCUCGGAUUCUUGAUUCUUGCUAUGUCGGAAAAUGGACGGCCGUACUGAGAAUGGAGGAGAAAGGUACGUGAGAGCGGACCGGAUAGACCUGAGGAGUUUGGAUGCGCAGUUGAAGAGGCAUCUGGACAGAGCAUGGACGAUGGAGAAGAAGACAGAGGGAGACGAAGGCAACACCGGCACCAACCGGUUCUACCAACAUGGGCAGGCGAUGUUGCGGAGGCCUGUCGGAGCCGAAUCUCGGGAUAAGACGGCGGUGAGAAGGCGAGAGUGGGAGAUUGAUCCUUCUAAGCUCAUCAUCAAAAGCGCAAUUGCUCGUGGCACGUUUAGUACUGUUCACCGCGGCGUUUACGACGGCCAAGAUGUUGCCGUUAAACUGCUUGAUCGGGGAGAAGAGAAUCACAGGUCAGCCGCUGAGAUAUCUUACCUAAUUGCUUCUUUCACUAAAGAAGUUACUGUUUGGCACAAGCUCGACCAUCCCAACGUAACCAAGUUCAUAGGAGCGAUGAUUGGGACAUCAGAGUUGAAAAUACAGACAGAGAAUGGACAAAUGAGAUUACCGAGCAAUAUGUAUUGCGUUGUCGUGGAGUACUGUCCUGGCGGCACGCUCAAGUCUUACCUCAUCAAGAGCCAUCGCCGCAAACUCGCUUUCAAAAUUGUCAUCCAGCUUGCCCUUGAUCUCGCCCGAGGGUUGAGCUACCUUCACUCGAAGAAGAUAGUCCAUAGAGACGUCAAAACUGAAAACAUGCUUUUGGACAAGACUCGUACCGUCAAAAUCGCCGACUUUGGUGUGGCACGGCGCGAGGCUUCCGAUCCCAACGAAAUGACCGGUGAGACCGGAACGUUGGGUUACAUGGCACCCGAGGUUCUAAACGGGAAUCCGUACAACAGAAAGUGCGAUGUGUACAGCUUCGGGAUAUGCUUAUGGGAGAUAUACUGUUGCGACAUGCCUUAUCCUGAUCUCAGCUUCUCCGAAGUCUCCUCGGCCGUGGCCCGACAGAAUGUGAGGCCAGAGAUACCGAGGUGCUGUCCGAGCAAGUUGGGUCACGUGAUGAAGAGGUGCUGGGACGCGAAUCCAGAGAAGAGGCCGGAGAUGGAAGAGGUGGUGGCCAUGUUGGAGGCCGUGGACACAUCCAAAGGCGGCGGAAUGAUCCCUCCCGAUCAUCCACGUGGCUGUUUCUGUUUCCCUGCUCUUCCAGGGCCAUGACGAGGGGUUACAUUUAUUCAUAUAUAUAUAUAUAUAUAUAUAAUUGUCAGCUUAGAUAAGAGACAUGUUUCACCACCAAUAAAAAAAAAAGAUUCACAUGAUAGUUUCAGAAAUAUUUAUUGGAUAUAUUACAUAUAUAUUGAAUCUUUUAUUAACUUUGUAUAC